GUUGAUGACGCUGGGUGGAGGAAGGCGUUGCUCGUCGCUCUCGCUGGGAACUGACUAGAGGAACGGAAAAUGGCGGAUCUCGAAGACGUUACCCUGGACGGGAGACCGCUCCAGUCCCUUCGAGUUGCGGACUUAAAAGCUGCUCUCGAAGAGAGAGGGCUGUCAAAAAGCGGACAGAAGAAUGCUCUCAUCAAAAGACUCAAGGGGGUGAGUUCUGCUCUGGGGCCCCGGAGCUCUGUUUCUGUGGGCUAACGUUAACGGUGAGACGGGCUGAUGCUCUCUCGAGGGCCGACAACUGAGUAUGGUUACUGCCGAGCAGCGGAGGAGAGUUGUCGAGGUUAACCUCCUCUGAUUUACUUAAAAUACGUCGCUUUGCACCACAUUGUGUCUAAGCAGUGUUUUCAACUUGCACAAAUAGACAGAUUGCUGCUACACAGGGAGUUCAGUAAACUUAGUGUGUCUGCCGAAAGUGUGUGCCGGGGUGAUGUUGUCCUGUUAGCUCGUUAGCUCUCCGGGCUAACGCGGUGACUCCAGCGGUGGCCUGGCUCGCAACUGUGUGUGUGUGUGUGUGUGUGUGUGUGAGCUCCCGUCAGCGGUGUAUGCCCACAACAGUCUCUUUGCAUGCGGGGUUGUAAAGCUGCACUGAAAAUUUAUUGUUAACUUACCAGUGCUUUUUUCACGAAACCGCAGAGAAAUACGGCUAAAAUACCAGACGAGGACAAUAACACUGAGAUAAGAUAAUCGCAGGUCACUAGUCCGUACUAGUGAAAACAAACAUUUACCCCUGUGUUUCCAAAAGUUAAGAAAACCCUUUCGUACUAUGCCGGGGAUUGGUUAGGGCAAUGAUGAUUACUUUCUAUUAAUUAAUAGGUCGAAGACUUAAUAUGUACGUGAAUUCCUGGAAUUGUGAAGUCAAAGAGGAAUUAGCAGUUGUGAUCUUUAUAAUUUUAUUUACCUGGGGAAUAAAAAUCUCUUGCAGGAGAGGCUGAGACAGUGGUGAUGUUAACCACUGACACAUUAGCAUCAAUAUAAACAACACCAGAUGCAAUCACAAGAAUGUGAAAAUGCAUCCAAACACACAGUGCCUGUUUUCUUUGCAAAGGCACAGCCUUGACCAUACUUUGAAAUUCAAGUGAUAACAGGGACUCUAAUUUUAGCUGUUAUUGAAGUUUGUCCACAGUGGGCAGUAUUACCAGAUCUGUCCAAACAAUAACUUUGACUUUAACUCCUGUUGUAAUAGUUGAAGCUUUGGUAAACUUGUCAAUGCAUCAGUGUAUGCAGUUACAGGCUGUCUACAUUGUACUUUUGCAUUGCAUGCUCAUAUACACUUUUCAACUUUGUGGCUCCACCUUGUUGUCUUCACAUGGUUCUGUCUUGAUGAUAUGACCCUAAUAUCCCACUCUGCUUACCACAUUACAAGCCUCAUUUGCAAAAGAAAAAAAAAAGAAUAAAGUGAGACUGUUAAACGAAUUAUAUUUGAUGUGGAGCUACAGACCAUAACAGGAACAAAUACUCAGCAGUUUUCCUCACCCUGGUAGUCACUACGAAGGGUUGCAGUGUGCUCUUGCCCCUUCUAGCUUGCAUGUUAGAUACAAAUACUCAAAGAGCAGUGUUUUCAUGUUUUAAGUUUGGACCCCUUGCUUCUGUAGCAACACAGUUAGAAAUAAUGAAAAGUUCGGAGAAUGUGUAUAUGUCUGUGUUUAUGCCUGUGACUGUUAAUCUUUCAUCAGUGUUUGUCUCCUGUGCUGUUGACUGAGAUAGAUAGAUAUACUUUAUUGAUCCCAAACUGGGAAAUUCACACUGAGCAGACAUAGUGUUGUAACUGAUCCACUUUAGUACUUUUAAUUUUCUCCGAGUGGAUCUAAAAUAAUUUGUUGCAAAAUGUUGUUUAGUAUGCUGUUCUUGGUAGCUCAAUAACUCAUAGCAUUUAAACAGCCAUGGGUAUUUCAUUAAACAAAGUUAUUGUUCAAUAAAAAAUCUUGUUUUGUUCUUACUAACUGAAGAACACCAAGGCUCAAAACUGUAUCACAGGCUUGCUUGUGAGCUCCCACAUGUCCCUUGUUUACAAUGCAGUGGUUAUUCAGUUUAAUAUACCAUGCCAUAAAGUUGAACCAUGAAUCAUGCUGUGAACUACUCUUUCCAUUGUUUACACUGUGGUGUGUGGUUGCUACCAUUGGUCCACUGCAUUGUAUAUAAUGACACUAAGUGGUGUUUACAUCUGCAUUUCCAUGCCAAGCUUAAAGGAUCCACAGGUGUCAGUAUGUUGCCCACAUUUUGGGUUGAACUUGGAAUUGUGACCAUGUAUAAACUGUUUUAAGUUAAACAAAUCAUGCAAGUACAUUGUCUGUCCACAGUUUAUUUUAAAAAAUAUUAUCAUGGAUUUUUCACGGCGAAAGCGUUUAAGAUUUAUGUACAUCAGACUUGACUUGUACAAUUUUUACAAAAAAGUACACCAAUCAGCUCUAACAUUAUCACCACCUGUGCAGUGUUGUGCUCAGGACAGGAAAAGUCCUAACCUGAUGAGACACUAACUCUAGACCUCUGAAGAUGCGCUGUGGUAUCUGGUGCAAAGAAGUGAGCGAGUAGAUCCUUUGCAUCCUGGAAGUUGUGAGGUGGGGCCUCCAUGCAUUGGAUUUGGUUGUCAACCACAUCCCACCACUGCUUGAUAGAAAUGAGAUCUAUCGAACCUUGAGGUCAUUCAGUUCAACACCUUUAACUUUUUUCACUGCUCUGUGGUGCAGUUCACGCCUACAGUGACCCACUGAGUUGUGAUACCUUUCUAUUAGAACAAGCAUGAACCUUUCCUGCAGUCAGAGCUCCAGGAGCUCAAUGAGCCAGCCUUUGCCUCCCACAAAUAUCAUUGGGCUUUGGCUGGCUGUGACCCCUUUGUAAGAACUGGCCCUUGCAGUCUGGGAACACCCCACAAGGGCCGUAGUUUUGGAGGUGCUCAGACCCAAUCGUCUAACCAUUACAGUUGGUACUAGGGCUGGGCGAUAUGGCCUCAAAUCAAUAUCAUGGUAUAUUGAGCAGUUCACCUCGAUACCAAUAAAUGGACGAUAACUACUCCACAAGCUGCUCACCCCCUCCCACAUUAACUUUGUCUACUUCAGCCGCUACAACUUUUGAACCGUCCUCCAUCUCCUCACCUGUCUUUCCCUCUUUGUUAUGGACUGGAUGGGUGGAGUCACGUAGUACAGUGUCUUAAAGGGACAUGACACCAUAGCCUACCUACACGCACCCAAAACCAAUUUUAUUUAUUUAUUUUUUAAUACGGUAUAUAUUGACAUGGGCAAAAUGACAUCAGUUAUUCUCGUAAAUUUCGGUAUCAGUAAAUUUUCGGUUUAUCGCCUAGCCCUUGUUUGGUCUUUGUUAGAGUCAUCCACAACUUGACACUCAUCCAUUUUCAUGUUUACACUUCAGGACCAAAUGUUCUUCUGCUGCCUAACAUUAGAGUAAACUAGUCGUGGUAAAGUGUAGAGUAGUCAGCAUGCUUAUGACUGGCCAAGAUUAUGUAGAUUAUACUCUUAUUAAGAAACACACUGUGCUCAUGAAGUGAUUAGAAAAACAGUGGCAAACAGGAUGCUCAGCUCAGCUCAGAGCUUAUGCCAGUACAGAGACAGAUGAUGACAACAUAAAAAAGAGAUUGAUUUUGAAAUUGGUUAAAUAUCAACAGUGUUGGGUGCAGUAGCUCCUGCCUGCCACAUCCUUCUCUUUUUAUCACCUUUAGGGUCUGCUUGACCCUUUGACUCUUGUCAUGUUACAUGAUUGCCUCAGAUGAGGGAACUCACUUCUUCCCAGUUGUUGUUGCCUUGAAAGGCCAAAUUCUCCAUACCUGAAAUGAUCAAACCUCUUGUUUCACUGACAGGCUCUCAUGCUGGAGAAUCUGCAAAGAACCUCCACCGCUCACAUUGGACUGCAGCCAAACUCACAGGUGAGUUUCUGAAAGAUGCUUACACUUAACUACUUCAAGACUUUUUGCAUAUGAUGACCUCUUCUCUGAGUUCCAUCAAAGCUUCAGCACAAUUUUUGUGACUAUCUAAGGAAACGUGCAUAAGGCUUGUUUUUCAGCCUGUUUUUAAUGGGUUUCUCUGUGUUUAGAUUGGUGAGGAAAUGAGCCAGAACAGCUUCAUCAAGCAGUAUCUGGCUAAACAACAGGAGCUCCUAAGGCAGCGUCUGGAAAGAGAGGCACGUGAAGCGUAUGAAACUAACGGUAAGAGAAGUUUUCAUUUUCCCCCGAUGCCAAGUUAGUUUUGUAAAUAUCUGUAGACACCAUGCAAUGUGUGUUUGUGUUAUCUUUAUAUAUGUAUUUACUUGUCUUACAGACCAAGAUGACCACACAGAAGUCAACAACAGUACAAUGUGUUCUCCUCAAGCCCAGGUCAGACAUCAAGCUGUCUUCUUUUCUUUUGUAGUCCUUUAUGUCAUAACCUUUCACGCUGAAGUGAUAACUGUAGAUUCUUUGGAGCGCUGAAAUUCUCUGUGAUUCAGAAGAGAGCAUGUGUUAGAAAUGAACUUGCUUUUAGUAUAAAAUUCAUGAUAAAUCUCAUCUCCAUUUCUGUCCUCAUUAGGAUGUUGCACCAACAAUGUCAGAGCAGCACAAGCCCCCUGGCACCUCUGCUGGUGGGGGCCUGUUUGGUGUAGGAAAUGCAGGAGAAGCUAACAGGAACCAAGGCGCUCACAUGUCUGGUCCUCCUGCAUCUGCCUCAGUGGCAAUGCGUAUUUCUGGGGCAGGAGAGAGGGGCUCUGCAGCUGACGAGGAUGCCGCUGAUAGUGAAGAUGAGGACAGCGAGGACGGUGAGGAGGAUGGGGAUGACGACGAUUGGGACAGCAGUGCUCGGAGGAGAAACCUCAGAGAGCCAGCCAGAGCGCCCACAACCAGAGAGCGGUCUGGAGCUUCAUGUCAACCCCAGCAGCAGCACAUGGCCUCCCUUUUGUCACCUCAACUUCGCCAGCCGACACCUCCUCCCUCCCCGCCUCCAGAGCUAUCGUUUCCCUUACCUGAUACCCCUAAGCAAAGCCCCCCUAGUCCAGAUGUAGCCCCAGCUCGCUCACCAAGUUCCUCCAGCUCUGGUUCCUCCAGCAGCGGCAGCCGCAGCAGCAGCCCGGAGCCACAGAGGAGUGGACAUGCCGAGCGCAAGCCCGGUCCUCUGACUCUCCUGGCUAGAAAGAUGGCAUCAGAGGGUGCUUUUUCUGGAGCGGGCUGGCAUGGUGACGUUGGGGAAGGGGAUAAGCAGAACAGUAGUUUGGCCACAUCCUUUCCUGGCAGAGGGCCUCCAGAGGGUCUGGUAUCUGCCAUCGCUCACACAGCCAACACUGCAGGCCAUGUGCCAUCAUUUCCCAUGAUCCCAGGCACCAACCAGGGUGUCCUAGGAGCACCUCCAGCCCACAUUCAAGUACCUGUGAGUGUGCUAAAAGCCACUACAUCAGAAGAGAGGGACAGAGAGAGGAACUCAGAGAUAGAAAGGGAAAAAGCCUUUGAGCUGGAGAGGCAAAGAAAACUUGAGCAAGAACGAGCGAUUGAGGAAGAACGCCAAAGAACUCUCGCGAAGGAGAGAGAGGAAAGAGAGAGAGCCUUAGAGAAAGAGAGAAUGGAACGGCAGCAGGCCUUAGAAAGAGAAGAACGAGAGAGGCAGGAAAGGGAACGAGCUUUGGCUCAGGAGAGGGAAGAGCGAGAGCAAGCUUUAGCACGAGAGCGGGCCUUGGAGCUCGAGAGGCAGAGGGAGCUUGAGAGGCAGAGAGAGCUGGAAAGGCAGAUGGAGCUGGAAAGGCAGAGGGAGCUCGAAAGACAGCGGGAGCUGGAGAGACAGAAAGAGCUGGAAAGACAGAGGGAGCUGGAAAGACAGAAAGAGCUCGAGAGACAGAAAGAGCUCGAGAGACUGAAAGAGCUGGAGAGACAGAAAGAGCUGGAGAGGCAGAAGGAGCUGGAGAGGCAGAAAGAGCUGGAGAGGCAGAAGGAGCUGGAGAGGCAGAAGGAGCUUGAAAGGCAGAGGGAGCUCGAGAGGCAGAGGGCCCUCGAGCUUGAGAGACAGAGAGAGCUGGAAAGGCAGAGGGCCUUGGAGCAAGAGCGUCUGCAAAGAGAAAAAGAGGAGCGGGAGAGAGAGAUGGAGCUGGAAAGAGCGAGGGCUUUAGAGCAGGAAAGAAAGGAGAGAGAAAAGGCUCUUGAGCAAGAGAGAUUAGAGAGGGAAAGAGCUCUGGAGGCUGAGAGAAGGGAGAAGGAGAGGCUGGAGAGGGAAAAGGUUUUGGAGCAGGAAAGAUUGGAUAGGGAAAGGUUAGAGAGGGAGAGAGUCUUAGAGCAGGAGAGAAUAGAAAGAGAGAAAGCCUUAGAGCAGGAGAAAAUACAGAGAGAGAAAGCCUUAGAGCAAGAGAGAAUAGAGAGAGAGAAAGCUUUGGAGCAACAACGACUAGAAAGGGAGAGAGCCCUAGAACAGGAGAGAAUUGAGAGGGAGAAAGCCCUAGAGCAAGAAAAGAUUGAGAGGGAAAAAGCCUUAGAACGAGAGAGAAUAGAAAGAGAGAAAGCUCUUGAGCAAAAAAGGAUGGAGAGAGAGAGGGCCCAAGAACAAGAGAGGCUAGAGUUUGAGAGGAAAGAAAAGGAGAGAAUAGAGAGAGAGAAAGCAAGGGAGCAAGAGAGGAUAGAGAGGGAGAAAGCCUUGGAACGAGAGAGGCUGGAGCGAGAGGCAGCUCUGGAGAAGGAAAAGAUGGAGAAGGAAAGAGCUGAGAGGGAGAGGAAAGAGAAGGAGAAAGCCUUUGAACAGGAGAAACUUGAAAGAGAGAGAGCCUUGGAGAAGGAGAAGAGGGAGAAGGAGCAAGAGAGGGAGAAAGCCAUGCAGAAAGAAAAGGAGGAGCAGGAGAAAGAGCAAAUUAGGGUUGCUGAAAAGGAGAGGGAGAGUCACCUCCCUCCAUUCAAACGUGGCCGUGAGAUUGGUCUCACAUCCGCUGCUCCCCCCCUCUCCACAGGACCAGCUAGAAAGCCAUCAACAGAGGCAGGAGAGCAGGAAGAUGUCCAUGCUCCUGUGUCCAGGACUGAAGAUGCAGAAUCCGGAGCACCUGUGUCAGCAACUCCCUUGUCACCUCAGUCCUCAUUCAAGAAGUUCAGAUUCUUCAGGGACUCUCCGAUUCAGUCCCAAUCUUCCUCCUCUUCCAUUUUCAUUAAGCGACCCCGAAACUUCUCUGAUACUCCCCAGCCAUGGGCCCCACCUGUCCCUGCUAAUGUUGCAGAGCAACAGCAGGAAGAACACAAGCCCUCCACUCAACACCAGGAUCCAAAGACAGGGGCAAAAACAGAGGGAUCUGUUUCAACUCAGCCUGAAGAGGAGACCACCAAGAGCACUGUUAGUACCAAACUUGUCCCGAGUCCCUCAAAAGACGGGUCAUUGAACCUUGUAUCUGUUGACGGAGACAAAGCAGAUUCAGGGCCGAUGGAACAGGCUGCCACAGAAUCCACCAAAAAAGAUGUGAAUGAAAGGGGUCCAGCAAGCCCAGCCGGUGAAUCUCAGCGCAGAGGAAGAGAUGCAAAAAAGGAAGAACGAAAAGCACGCAGACGUUCAUCGUCCAAUGAUUCCACUUCCUCAGAAUCAGACUCGGGGUCCUCAUCAUCUCGGUCAUCUAGCUCAUCCACAUCGUCAGAAGAGAAAACCUCCACCUCUAGAAACAGAAAGGUAUGUCUUCAUUUGUCUGAUGUAAAGUUCUUCUGUCAUCUUCAUCAUAUUCUACAUCUAUUGGGAAGGUAUUGCUGUCUUAUAGCUACAUUUAUCCACAUAACUACAUAAGCUAAAACCACCAUGGCAUCCAGAUUGUAUAUUCAACACUUGAGCAAAGUUCCUUUUCCAAUCUGUUAUCAUCACUUAAAGGGCCUCUCACUGCAGUCAUGCAAUCUGUUACAUUCAUUCACUGAAAUAAACAAAUGUUUGAACCCAAGAGGUCUCCAAAAAUUUGAAGAAAAAUCUGUGGCAGCUUUAACACUACUGCCAUGUUGAGAGGGCUUGGAAUGAACAAAUAUGAAGGAGCAGAUAUGAGCUAGAAUGCCCCAAGAUUUCAUAUCUCUGUUGCAAGGCUGCUCUAAAGGGACAUUCCGGUGUAAAAUUAAGUUAGGGUUAAACACACCGUAACGCCGAGUUAGACACCCCCUCGAGAGAUGAGUGAUGCCAACCGCUUGCUUCUGUAGUUAUACCAAGCGGUCAAUCACUUCAUGCACACACCUCAACCAAAAAGCCACUCUAUAGCCACAAAUAAUGCUCAGAACAGCACCUGACUUCAUCAACAGUACAUAUAGGGUCCUAGCCAUAGUACUCACCUUCAAACAUCUUUUUAGCUUUGCCUGAUUUCCUUAGCAAAGAGACUAAACACAAUCACCCACUCUCUUCCAGCAGCUGCUUGUUUGUGGGGGGGGCCCUGACGAGUUGAUCACCGAGUGUAGCGGAUCAUUUCCUUGAAGUAAUAAUUAUCAAAAUCAUUUUGCACUGCAGAUGUGGUAGUUCUUCUGCCUUGGCGUCUCAGUCUGAUUACAUUUCCAUUAAAGUAAUGAUUAUAAAUUUUCCGCUACACUCUGUGAUCAACUCGUCAUGGCCCCCCCCACAAACAAGCAGCUGCUGGAAGAGAGUGGGUGAUUGUGUUUAGUCUCUUUGCUAAGGAAAUCAGGCGAAGCUAAAAAAGAUGUUUGAUGGCUAGUACUAUGGCUGGGACCCUGUAUGUACUGUUGAUGAAGUCAGGUGCUGUUCUGAGCAUUAUUUGUGGCUAUAGAGUGGCUUUUUGGUUGAGGUUUGCGCAUGGAUCCAUAGACCGCCGUAUAUUGCUAUCGUGCGGUUGUUACUAAAGUUGAUAUAACUAGAGAAGCAAGCGGUCAGCAACAUUCAUCUCUCGAGGUGAUGUCUCGGUGUGACGGUGUGUUUGACCCUAACUUAACUUCACGCCAGAAUAUCCUGUAAAGUAAUGUUAGCCCACGUGUUCAUGGCAUAUCGUCCCCUGCAACGGGCUUGUCAUUGGUUAGUUACUGUAAACUGACAGCUGUAUCCCCAAGUUUGUUCUCGUUCCUGUUUUCCAGUUAAUAGCUGCCAUUCUGUUGCUUUUGCAUCUCGAGUAUGAUGUUUGUUUUUUUAAUGUUUUUACUAUUAUGAAUAGCUGUUGAACAGAACUGCUGGGAAUCGACAUCUAAGCUCACUAAUCCAAUAAAUACAUUUUGAGUUCCUAUCUUGCUAAAAUAUAUAUAAUUUGGUGAGAAUUAUGCACAUAAUGAAGUGUUGAGAUAAACAGGUGCACAAACAAUAACUGGGCAAUUUUAAGCCACUUAUACUGUAUAUCUAUUUCUGUGCAUAUAAUAUUGCUUUGUUUAUGUCUGUUUUAGGACGGCAGACCUGAAAGAGAACCUUCACCACAGCACAGGGUGACACUACAUCCUCAGGGGAAGAACUUAAAGGAAGCACCAAAGUCAUCCCCACAGAAAUCUGUCCAGAAGAGUGACACAACUGCUGAUGGAGACAGACAGGCCAAGGUCAGUUGCUGACAGGUUAUUUUUUUCUAACGUCUUGGGUACAGCAUGUAUCCUUAUCUUCAUAAAAGCCUAAAUUGUUUAGUGUUCACUUUAAUCAAAAUUCUCAAGAUCUCUGGAUUGCGGCAUAUUUUAGUUAUUUCCCCUCUGCUGGUGUUCCUAUUAUUGUUGAAUUUAACUUUUUUUUUUUCUCAUUUGAUUAUUUUUGAAUCCACAGGAACUGUUUGCCGAAGCACCAACCAGAGAGGCGAUGCAGAGGAAAAGGAAGGACAGCAAGGGGGAGGAGGACAAAGACAAAGACAGGUUUGCUUAUAUAUCUUAGUCUUACAACACAUGGGCUACCCAGUGUCUCUGGUUUUUAGAAUUGUACAGACUGGUAUAUGAACCAGGUCCUUACAGAACUGAAGUCUGCUGAUGGUUGAGCUCUAUUUGAUUGAAGCUGUGGGGUCAAUGAAGUGGAUCGCAGUUCUUGGAGAUUGUAGUUCUUGAGAUAAUCAAUGCAGCAGAACUGUGGUAGAGCGGGCGGCUUUAACUUUCUCUAUAAAAUACUUUUAUCACUUUUUGAAACAGUGGUGUAAAGGUUCAUCAGACAAAAAGUCAUUUAUUGUGAAGUAGUUGGAUUCUCGUAUUAGAUAGUCUAUCUGGUUGGACAGAUGGAGACUUGGACAUCCGUUUAGUCUUUUUGUCUUGCCCCUUUACUGAGCAGACCCUAGAGAAACAUUGUAUUUUUAAAAAGCAGCAAAAUGAAAUGGUUAUACAGUUUCUUUAUUGGGAGGAAAUAUUAUGUUGUGUGUGUGUGCGUGAGAGAGAGUGAGAAGUCUGCAGAGUAAAAUGUGUUUUUUAAGCCAGGAGUGUCUUCAUUUCGUUAUGCUUUGCAGUGAUUUGUUUAUGUUGAAUGAUGCCAGAUUAUUACUGAAGAAAAUUUUCAUUGUGCUGACCAUAACUGUUUUUAUGUGCACAAAAACUUACACAAGAAAUGCCUAUAAAGAGAAGAACCGUAUUUUUCGCACUAUAAGGCGCACCUGACUAUAAGGCGCACCAUCAAUGAACGCGUCUAUUCGUGUCUGUUUUCAUACAUAAGGCGCACUGGAUUAUAAAGCACAUUAAGCCAAACAAAACAGUCAGAUAAGUCAAACUUUAUUUAACUCAUUCAAUAACUCCGCGAGGCUACAGUAGCUGCAGUGCUCCGACAAGCCGUCAGGCUGUGUGGUUUUGUAGCGCACCGAAGUCGUGAUAAAAUAUUUUGAGAGAUUUUUGAGCGCUGUGUACCACAUAAAAUUGGUUCGAGUUCAGUAAGCACAACCAGAAUUCAUACAGAAGGUGCAACUAAGGAUUUUUGAGAAAAUUAAAGGAUUUUAAGUGCGCCUUAUAAUGCGAAAAAUACAGAACUUAAAUUACAAGGGCUCCGAAGAAUAGCACUGAUUAAGAACAACUAAAGGGCACUGGGUCUCAUCAGUGCCCUUUAGCAUUUUUACAGAAUUUGUUCCACUGUCCUAUAUCUGUAAUAUACAGUACACCUAAAAUAGCACAGAGAAAUAAACCACACUGAUAAAAUGUUACAUAGUAUCAGUGGUGGCCAUACAUUUUCUUUGUAAAUACAGAAGAGUUAUGACUGAAUAUCAUAUCAUGCUCCAGCACUCAGGUAGUUUUACUGAUUGAAAGAGAUUUUAGAAUUUUCCUGUGUUUUUAUGGUGUGUAAUUCACAUUCACUGGUUCGGCGUAAAUAGUCCGCAACAUGAUAACAGCCAUAUUAUGCAUCAAAGCAGUGUCAAUCCUGUAAUUUCUGACCCCACGGUGAUGCACUGAACUGUGUACAAAUAUUCUGGUUUCAUUUGAGGCUAUUGUUUGUUGCUUUGCAAACGUACAUGUUUAAUCACUGUAAAUCAGACCCCGAUGGUUUUGCAUGCCUCUGCACCGUUAAAACGAUGCGAUCAAAGAUUAAAGGUGUCGGAUUUCCCAUCAGGCGAUUGAUGAGGCUGCCUUGAAGCCGGUGUGGCUGAGAAGAUGUGGGUCCUUUUCAUACACGAUCAUUUUUUUUCCUCCCUCGUUACAACAUGGCUGAGCUCCGUCGGUGGUUUUAGCUGCUGAUGCCGGCCUGUGGUUUUUAUCCAGCGGCUCAGCGAAACAGCAGGCGGGGGUUUGUUUGACAGCCGGCGCGGACAUGAAAGCGUUCAGAGAGGAGUAGUCUCUGGUGAGAGGAAGGUAGGAGGAGGGGAGAGAGCUACCUCGUUGCGUCGCAGUCAUUUUAGCAGCAGCAGCAGCUUGUAUGCUGCGUUUUAACUUUAAGUUAAUGCAAGUGAAAAUGAGAAGACGCGUUCACGUGCGCGAAUGACAUAAGAACGUGAGGCUCGCGCUCGUUUGUCAGGUAUUGUGUCGCGGACGGUGUGCAGUUGGUCAAUCUGGUCAUACAGUCAACGUUUUGGACGGACUCAGCGUGUCUGAAGAAGGACUGCGGUGGCUCUGCAUUGCUUGACUCCUCUCCCGGGUUCAGUUCUUAAACCCUCAAUGAAAAAUAAGGGGGAAACCUAUUUGUAUCACUUGUCAACACUGUGAUGCGUUCAAGCUGGUUUCAGUUUUGUGAAUCUUAGUGGCAUAACUGGUAUUUUUCCCAUAAGUCUUGUACAGUGAGGUUAGUUGAAUAAAAAAACAUACUGUUCUGUGGAUGCACAUAAUUUCAAUCAAUGAUAUUUUAGUUACUUGCCCUUAUUUUUUAUUGUUUUUUUAAAAAUAUAUAUAUAUAUAUAUUUUAAACAUUUUUAACGCUAGAUUCAUUUUCCCCACAAACAAAAUCAUUUUCCAAUGACAUUGUGUGGUAAAACUUGGUAUUAUACUUUGAUAUUCUUUUUGCGAUUACAUCUUUUAAAUUAUGACCGUUUGGUUGAACAUUUGUUUACCUUUAAUAUUUUUGUCAUCGGAUCAUAAAUUGAAAUUCAUGGUCAUUCCCGAAUGUCCUUAAUGUUUUCCCCUUCAUCUCUUAAUGUUUGUUUUUCACCAAACACAGGGAGGAAAAGGAGACUACCAUGGCAGAGCCAGAGAAGCUUCCAGAGACCGGCGAGGAGGUAAGGAGUGUGAAGACCUGUGAACCGUCCUGGUCAUCAAAGCUGUUGGACGCAGAGGGCUUAAGUGAUAGGACCCAUUUGUUUAAAAAUCUCAUUUUUGUGUACAUUAAGAUUAAUGUUGAUGUGUAGCAACAUAGGUUAUCUGCAAAUAUGCCUUUAUUCAUGUUGGAAGUCUACAUCCCCUUUAAGACUUAAUAUGCCCUUUUCACAAGUGGUAGAUUAUAUGUGGGAAUUUUUAAAAUUGGCUUUUUGUGAAUCCUUUAUUGGCACUGUCAUAGCGAGAAAGGGCAAGGGUGUUUUCUCACUGUGGCUGAUGUUUAAACCCCAAAUGAUUGCUUUGUUAUAAAGGUGCUCAUGCCUCUUCCAUUGCCCCUUUUGGUACCUGCAUACUACUUCUGCCACUACUACCUCUUCUACCAGUACUACUUCUACCACUUCUGCACCUGUUCCACUGUCCCCAAGCAUCCAGAGUUGGCCACAGAUAAGCUCCCAGGGCUGCACUGCAGAGGGACACCCCUGGCAACAAUGACUACCUCAUUUUCAUGGACAUUACUUGCAAGAGUCAUUACUGGGACUUGUAGAUUUGAAGGGUGGUUUGGCUAGUCAAUGAGCCAGACUGCUCUUUGCCUGUUUUUCACUCAUGAGGCCCAGUGUCCUCGAAAACAUCAUGGAGAAGAGAUGAGCGUGGAUUUCUGCCCACACUAAGUCAAGGCUACUGGGAAACUCUGCAGUUUUUUCUCUUUGCCUCAGUUUGAGACAUUUCAAUCCACCCCAAGGGGUUUUUGAGAUAUACCAUUUGAUGUCGAACUGAAACAUGCUUGAAAAAAGGCAUUUUGGACACAGAGGAUUUUGUUGAUCUUUUGGGGAAGGAUUUUGAUAUCUUCAGCAAAUGAUAAUAUUGGAUGCUGAACUAAGAAGCCAGUGUUUUUGUCUGGACUCAAUGGACUUGAAAGGUUUCACUCGAUUGAAGAAUGAUUCACAGUUUUGGUCCCUUUCAAGAGCUGAAAUUGUCACAGUUUUGUCACCACUGGGACUCAAAUGAACGCACGGCACCCUUAAAACAACAGAACCCAAAACUAAGGAUUUAUGUGCGCAUUGACUGCUGACAUCGUCCAUCAUUUGGUCCCCAGCCCAUUGGACUUGUGUCUUUGUAUUGUUAUGAGAGCCUCCCACAUUCUUAACGGACUAAUGCCAAAACACCUGAGGAUGACUGCUGUGGCUCAAAGAAUAUCUAAGCCCCCACCCCAAAGAACUAUUGAAACAUCCUGCCAGCCAGACAGCCAGCUUUAAGAUUUCCAUCCAAACAUCUCAGCCACCUUUGAUUGGACCCUUGUUGCCUAGAUACAAACAUGCAGUCGUGAUUGGGCCAUUUCCAAACCAGUAAGGAUCAGGUGUCAGUGGUACCAGGGAAUAAGUAGAUUUUUACUCUGUGUUUUAUUUCAUGCAGUAAAAUGCUAAGUUUGCAGCUCUACAUUUUAAAGUCUUUGUCUAGAGGGUACUGCAGUUCAUUCAAGGUAGUUUCAAACAACAGAUUUAUGUUGUACAAUCUAAGUUAGGACUCACAAUUUUCUAGUCAUAUCAAAGAAUCUUGUACGGUAGAUCGUUAGAUAAUUCUGGAUAGCAUCUACCUCACUACCUGUACAGUACGCAUUUAUAGUUUGGUGCCAUUCAGUAGAUUUGAAUUCAGAAGUUUUAAAAAGCACACUACAGUUUUUAUUUGAUUUCACUGAUUUUCUGCUCUCAGUCCCUACAUGCCCCCUCUCUGUUAUUGUUCACCUUUCCUCCAACCUGCCCUUGAUCUUUUGACUCCACCUGCUGUCUGUCGCUCACCUCUCCCAUGUAUGUUGGGUUGUUUUUAUCUUCUUGUGUUUCAGACGCCAAAGGCCUUCGCAGCUCGUAAGAUUUCACUUGGCAGUAAGUAUCCCUUCCUAUCUUCACUAACCAGUGCUGUUGGUGUUAUUAAAUUGAUUUGGUGUGGUUAUUUUAAGCCCAUUAAAUGAACCUCUAGCUCUCUAUACCAAAACUUACUUUUACGUAUUCUGAUCUAAAAUAAAAACCAUGAAAGCAUCUUUAGGUUGUUCAGUAUUAAUGAUAUCAAACAGUUGAUCAUCCCAGAUAUCCAUAUGUUUAUUCCAGCACGGUGUGUUUCUAUAAGGCUCUUAGCUGCCCUUGGUCCACCUCACCUCCUUUAAAAUUUUAUGACUCUUGUGUUUUAUAUUGACCAAAAAGUAAUCACGAUACAAAAGUUUUUUUUUUUUUAUUAAUCUUUGAAAAUAAUUAUAAAGAUGUCUUAAUGUCAAACAAACAAAAAUAUCAAUGUAAACUUUGGCCACUGUUUUCUAUUAUAGAGUUUGUAGGGUAAGUGGCGUUAUUGGUGAAACAGUAGAGACCUGAAAAGAUGAGGAUUUAUAAGUCCUGAUCAUCUGUUUGUAAAAAUGUGUUCAUGAUAUGAGCAUGGCUUUAUGAUAUCACAUAUAUAUAUAUAUAUUGUAGAUGUCAGGUAUAUUAGUGUUUUGGUAAACUUGUUUGUUUCUGCUCUUAUCAGGCAGUAAAUCGUCCCCAGGCUCUGGAGGUGUGGAAGGUGAGCAGGACUCAGGAGCUGCAGCAGGACGCAAAAGGAGGUGGGGCUCAAGCACAGCGGUCACCGCCAAGAAACCUUCAAUCAGCAUCACCACAGAUUCACUCAAGGUAUUUGCAGCAUAAUGAGGUUGUUGUCUUGUUUUGGUACCUUUUUUGCACCUUCAGGUGGCCUGUGCAGCACCUGCACUGGCUCUGUCUCCUGUUUUGGAUUCCUGCAGGCCCCAUUCAUCCUGUAUUCUGUGUUCUUUUCUUUCAGUCUUUAAUCCCAGACAUUCGGCCGUGUCUCAGCCAGGAGGCAGUAGUAGACCUACACCCAGAGGAGGCUGUCCUCUCUGGAGCUGAGGAUGAAGAGAGGGAUCGCUCCGACCAGGACCUUCAGAUCCGGCGCACUGUCACACAGGUUGGUCCGCAGCUUUUAAUCUGUUUUCCCGGAAAUAAAAUGUUGGAAAGUGUCAUCACAGCGAAAUGAGAGGUAGAUGGUUAAUAAUUGCUUGUGUUGAUUCCAGGUGGUGCACACAGAUAGUCAGGAGAAUGGACAGAAAGAGGCAAAGAGGAGCAGAUUUGAGGAGCUGGAGGAAGAUGACCUGCAGGAUGAAGGGGAGAAGACAAGGGAGCAUGAAGAGAAGAUGGACUCAUCGUUUUCUGGAGCCCCAGAAACCCAGUCUCCCUCACAGACCAGCCAAGAUGUAGAAAUCAACACUGGUAAUUGAUCCACCACCACCAUACUGUUUUUAACUAGCAUUAAAGUAGUCUCAAAACUCUUCAAGAUUUCACUUAAGGAUAGCCUUGGGCUAUUUGGAAAUAUCAUUCAACAAGACUACAAACUGAACUUUGUAUGAUAUAUUAAAUUCACACUCAUUGUAUCAGGACUAGAGUUUUGUUAGGAUAGAAUCCAAGUGUGUCCUGAUGUUGAACUUACCGAACCUGUUGAGGUUCAAGUGUCUGAAGCUAAUCCAAGCAAAGAGUUAGUUUUUGACAGAGAUACUGUGUUCACUGUAUUUCCUCUCAAUUGUAGUGACACCCGGCGAUACCCUUAUUCGUCGCUCCAUCAGCCAGCAGAAAACAGGUGUUUCAAUCACGAUCGAUGACCCUGUUCGCACGGCUCAGCAGCCAUCGCCACCUCGAGGCAAAGUCUCCUGCAUUGUUCAUAUCUGCAACCUGGUGAGAAAACUCCCACUCUCUACCUCAAACAUAAAGGAACUUGAGCCGCACACUUCUUCAACCACAGGGCUUAAUUUUCGGGCAGUUCCACUUCUGACACACAGAUAUGUCAUCUAAAGCGGCUUUGCUGUUUCGACUCAUGAUCUCAUAGAUUAGAUUGUAGUUUGUACUCACACUAGUCUUAACUGUGUAACUGUGUAAAGCCGCCUCUUGAGAAGUGCUUUAUAAUUUUUUUGUGUGUGUAGGUGAGGCCGUUCACUCUUGGGCAGCUCAAAGAACUGCUCAGCAGAACUGGCACCCUCGUGGAGGAAGGCUUCUGGAUUGACAAAAUCAAGUCUCACUGCUAUGUCACUGUGAGUUAUUUUGAGCUAUUUUUAAUCUGUCAAAUUUUUAUUUUAGUGUUGGUUCUUGUGUGUCUCAUUUAGCUGUCGUCUUCUCCCUAUGUGUAGUACUGCAGCUCAGAGGAAGCAAUCGCCACACGGGCAGCUCUUCAUGGAGUGAAAUGGCCUCAGAGUAACCCUAAAGUCCUGAGUGUGGAAUUCUGCCAGCAGGACGAGGUAACACCUGUUUGCAACCCUUCUGUUUUCCUCUUCCACCCACAAUGCUUUGCCGUCUGUAGACUGAAACCCUCUCUGCCUCCAUAGUUGGACUUCCACAAAAAUUUGGGUGUAGCUGACAGACCAGGAGUUGAGGAUCAGGGCCGUGGUCGAACCUCAGGCCUGCCCUCUCUGCUCCCAGAGCGAGAUCAGUGGGCAGAGCGGGAGCGUGAGAUGGAGCGUCGCGAAAAGGCUCGAGCAGAGCGGGAAUGGGACCGGGACAAGGUCAGAGAGUUUGGGAAACCUGGAGCGGAGAAGGAAGGAGGCACCAGGAGGUCGCGCUCCAGGGAGAGAAGGCGCAAAGAGAGAGGAAAGAGUAAAGAGAAGAAGACUGAGAAGAAAGGUAAGACAUGCAUUCUUUACCCAUUUUGAAGAACCAUCAAAGUCUUAUUUUUAUCCAUUUGCUUUCUCCAAACUGUAAGACUCUGCUGCCUUUCUGUCUCAUUUGCUCAGAGGAGCAUUUUUAAUUUUGGACUGUUGGAUUGUUAUAUGAAUAUUAAGUCCUGUCAGGCUUCUGAAAUAAACCAAGCCUUUAUACAUUUUGAAACGGAACAAUUUUAUUGCAAGAUAAUUGGCAGAAUUCUUGUAGAGAAAGAGAAAUGAUUAGUCAUCAGUGCAGCCCUAAUGUAAUUUUAAUUUUUGUAGAGAAAACAGCUGAGGAUCCUCCUGCCAAGCUGCUCGAUGAUCUUUUCCGCAAAACUAAAGCGGCUCCUUGUAUAUACUGGCUUCCACUCACAGAGGAACAGGUGAGACCGUUGAAACCGUUAGUCUAACUUUAAUUAGCUUUGUUUGAUAAUUAAAGUCUUCACCCUGAGGUCUUACAAGUCUUGCUCUUUGCAUCUUCUCAUCUCAGUUCCUUCAGAGGGAAGCUGCCAGAGCAGAACGGAUAAAGGAGCGACAGAAACGGUGGAAAGAGCAAGAAGAGGAGGAGGGGAAAAAAAGGGAAGAAGAGGAGCGCAAAGAGAGGAUGAAGGCUGCAGCCGGCACAGCUGGAGAGCGCAGUGAGGGUGAGAAAGACAAGGACAGAGACAGAGAGAGGGACAGAGACCGAGACAGAGACCGAGGCAGAGACAGAGACAGAGAGAGGGAGAGGGAAAGAGAGAGGGAAAACGACAAACGCAGGGAUGGCUACCGUAGACCGGGCGGCAGUGGCACCGGAGGGGGUCGGCGCUCACGCAGCCGUAGCGAACCUCGUGAAAGGCGGCGCUAACAGCCAAUCAACAUUUGGAACUGUCCUAGAAACCACCCCUUUCCAUUUGCCUUUCACUACAUGUACUUAAUUACAACUAAGACCCAACAGAGGACCAACUGAUGUCGUCACCAUCUCUUGAAUUGUCACCUUUUUUAAAGCACAUCUCCACCUACACACAGUCAUGCUUUAAGGGGACCAUGAUUCUUUGCAGUGUUGUUUCCCAGAGUGCCGUACGCUUUGCUCAUGUCUAGGUUUAAUAUUUCUUUAAACAUCUGCCUCUUUAAUUUCUUUGGUAUUUGUUUUGAUGACAUAGCAGUACGGCACACUGGGUAAUUUGGAAAAAAUCCACCCAUUGUUCCCCUUUUGCCCCAAAGUGUAGGUGCCAAUUAUUCUUUGCAUCAAUUGUCGCCUCCGUGUUUUAACAGCUCUGCAGUUUGGAUGAGGUAUCCUUUUGUUGCUGCUUGUAGUCCAAGGGUUUUCUUGCCAGUCCUGCCUAAAGAUAAAACUCUGCCCUUUGUGCAGAGACUUGCAUCUAAAAUUAUUGGAAAGUUUUGUUUAGACUUUUGUACAGACAUAUAAGAUUACUCAAAAUCAAGUCUUUGAAACGAGGCAGCUCUGGGGUAUAUUUUGACAGGUGUGGAAUUACUACUAAGGCAAUGCAGUGUUCCUCUCUCCCUCGUUUUAGUUAAAGGACAAACUAUUCUCUGAUCUGAGCAGGGAGAGUCUUUGUCAGUCACACCUGACAGAAAUAUAAUUAUGUCUUUAUCAUUGAUUCUCUUCUUCCUCGCUCCUCUUCCUCCUGCUCUCUCACCCUGUAGAGUCGAUACAGGCCCAAGAGGGGAGGUUGCAUUAAGAUUUUUCUCAACAAUGGUUUUAAUAUUGUUUUUUAAUCAUUAUUUUAUCAUUUUAGUACUGAGGUUUGUUUUUGUUUUUUAAUUUCCUCUUUGAGUACGCCUAUCAGUGGUGAAUGUACAAAUAAUAAAAACUGAAAUUUGAACAUCUGUGAAGUUUCUUUUCCAUUCUACUUGGCAAGAGUUUCCAGCACAAGAGAUUACAAUCCAUUCUACACUGAAGCGGCAUGGAUUGUAAAUUAGACUGCAUUUAAACUUGAAAUCCACAAGGUGUCACUCAAGACACACUGUGGUCCUGGCCAUUUAUAAUGUAGCAGGGACAUUUGAUUACUUAAGUGAGUUGAAGUAAGGCUAUAAAAAGAUAAACUGAUGUCAGCAGCUGAAGCAGUCUGAUGAAAAUUCCACUUUUUCUCUGCUCUGUCAAGGAAAAGGCCAAUGGCAUCCGUUUGAUUCUGCAUUCAUGUGUCUGAUCAGCUUCAUUCAAGUUUGAGAGUUUCAUCCUCUGUACCCUCCAUCUUCUCGUAACUGACCCUUCCCUUCUCACACUGUAAAUCAUGUAUUUGCCCUCUUUAUUCCCUUGUCCCAUCUUUCUAGUCCUGACGUUUAUCCUGCAAAGCUCAGCAGUGCUCCUCUGUAAUUACAGCCCUAUGGUCGCUGAGCAUAACAUUUUUGUGCCCUGAUGCAACUCAGUGUGUCUGGACUCUGGGAGGACCAGUGAAUCCUUCAGCCUGGCACCCAAAGAACAAAAUUCUAGCUGAGCCAGCUGAGUUGGAACUGGAGCACAAAAGAAAUCUAGAGUGUUUAUUUCAUAUGCAGAUGAAACCUCUUGAGGAGAAAAGCCCAAAAGCGUCUCACAGCAUCUGUUUCACAAAGCGGUAGGAGUGAAGGUAGAGCCCGACCGGUUUCAGAGGGGAAAAUUGACUGAGGAGCCAGGGCAUCUUAAAUUUUUUAAACAUAAAAGCAAAAAGACACUAAGGGGUUUGUAUAGCCUCAAUUCUGUGAACAACGGGGCGCUGUACAAGAUGUUAAAUACAAAAUUUGAUGGUCUGUAAAUCAUUUAAAGCCUAUAUUUAGUGCUAUCAGAUAUUGAAACUUAACAUUUUUUACUGUUUUCUAUGAAAUAUAUGCAUGUUUUUACUUCCAUGCCAGCAACACAUUUUGACUCUGACGUGGAAACAGUUUGACACUGCAAUCACUUAUACAUGGUAAUACAGUACAAUGCAAAGAGGAAACAGCAGAUCAACUUGAUUCAGAAAUGCUGUCAACUUCUCUGAGCCCAUUAAAGUUGACAUUCUUCUUGGAAAUUGUGGAUACCACACCCUGUACCCCACAGAGGAAGGGGCCCAUCCAGCUUAUUAUGAGGGUUUCAUCAAAGAGCCAGCAUCCAUGAUGGUAUGGGUUGUUACUGAACGAUAGAAACAUUAUACAGGUUUUGGACCAUCAAAUUCUAACCAGCAAGGAUCUGUCAUGUUACAGUAAAAAGAUGCCGAGAUUCAUUCUGCACAUCUCAGAAGUUGAAGAAUCUGCAUGCAAAACUGACCUCAACGCCCAUUAAGAAAUUUGACAUCAUGGCACAAGAUACUGCGAAGGAGACCUGAAACUACUGAGCAGAUGAAAUCCUUUAUCAGGCAGGGAUUUUUCAAAGCUCUGGUCUCCUCAGUUCCCAGAACUGUACAGUGUUGUUAAAAGAGAAGGUGGUGCACACAAUGGUAAAAACAUUUUUCUAAAAAUGUCACUGGCAUCAAAAUCAAAAUUAGCCUAUACUUUUUCGAAAACAAAGACACCUUGAUUGGUUGUCUUUGCACUAUUUCCAAUAGACUUUUAAUCAUUUACAAACAACAAAUUCUCCUGUUACUGUUUUAUGCAGCAUCUUAGCUCUUAUGGAGUUGGGGUUAUAUUAGAGUUUGUCAACGACUGAUAAGACUUAUAGCUUUUAAGAACAAAUAAUAUUAAGCGAGUUACUCAUUGUGAGUCUGUGUGAAUACUCUUUAACUAUGGCGUGAAGCGUGUUCAAACCAUGUGGCAAAAUCACCUUGAUUGUUGUUUUCAGUUAUAAAACUUUUUCAACUUGGUCCCAUCACUUUUCAAGCCUGUAUUCAUAAUUAGUGAGUUGCUGCCUCUACAGAAAAGACAGAAACUGAUUGAAAGAGCAGUUAUCACCGGUCUCUUUGAAUCACCCCCUUUUAAAGGGAGAGUGGCUCAGUUUGCUACUUUGGCUGCGUUUAGCUAGGAAUGUAAGAUGUCAGCAGAUCAAAGCGUUAUCUGAUGGCUCUCUGUGUAACAGCAAGAACCAAACUUUUGAAGAAUAGCUUUGUGCCUGACACAAGUAUACACUUUUAGCCUUUUAGAGCCCUUGCUGUUUCAGGGUAAUAGUGUGGAAGAGCAGUUUCACACAAAGCAAGCCGAGAGCGAGUAUAUUUUUUUUCCCUUAAGUGUAUGUAGGAUUUAGUCUCUCUUUUUCUAUACUCUCUUCCCAGAGCUGACCAAAAAAAGAAAAAAUGACCCCGCCAGAGAACCUAAAAAUUCAACCUACAGAACUGCCCGGCUGAUUUAUACAGAGGACUAAAAAAAGCUCUAAACUCAUGAUCUCAGGGGACGAUCUUGUCUGUGCCAGGCUCUGUGGAACGCCUGCUUUGGUUCAGAAAAAAUCUCUUCAUCUAAAGUGAAACAGCUGAGCAGCUUUGUGCCAACAGAAGAAGAGAUGAGUCAAACAGUGUUUCUACACUUGCAGGUCUUUUACAGAACAACUCAUGACAGCUGGAGGGACCACAACAGACCACCUGUGUCUGGUGCAGAGCUCAGGUCAACGGUAAAGCCCUCCAUGACCAACCAGUCAGCUGAGCGAGGCCGCUUUUUUGUUGAUGAGUGGGCAGUAAAAAUAUGUUUUCGCUCUGUAAGCAGUCCCCCCUGCUUAUAUGUCUCCUCCUCCCUCCUCGCCCUCCCCUCCUGAGUGUAACCACAUAGGUC